AAUGAAGGCAGUGUUGUGGGGUCUUCUACGGAGAAUAGUCGAUUUGGAUGUUUGUCUUGCAGUGCGAGGUUGACGUUCAGGUUCUCAGGGGUUUCUCCCAGUUGAUGCAACCAUGUUUCUGUUCACAACGUGAGGCUGCAGCUUGAAAUGGAGAGAGGCGGUGGCGUUGGGAAAGGCAAACGCUGCGAGGCCGCGGAGCGCGGUAGCGCCUCCAGUCCCGGCGAAGUUCAGCUGGAUGGAUUCUUAGGGAGCCAAGGUCUUUAUCGAAAGCGGAUUGCUAAGGAUGGCUCCUGCCUUUUUAGAGCUGUUGCAGAACAGGUCUUCCACACACAAUCAAAACACCUUGAAGUAAGAAGAGCUUGUGUUUCUUACCUGAGGAGGAACCGAGAACAGUUUGAAGCAUUCAUUGAAGGAUCAUUUGAUGAAUAUUUAAAGCAACUUGAAAAACCACAGGAAUGGGUUGGACAAGUAGAAAUCAGUGCUCUUUCACUCAUGUACAAGCGGGAUUUUAUAAUUUACCAGGAACCAAAUAGACCUCCUGCCCAUGUUACUGAAAAUGGUUUUCCUGACACGAUCUCACUGUGCUUUUCAAAUGGAAACCAUUAUGACAGUGUCUAUCCUAAGAAAUCUGUUGAUGCUGCGGCCCUUUGUCAAUCCAUUUUGUAUGAAAUGUUAUAUCAGGAUGUGCUUAAAGUUGAUGUUGAAGCAGUAGUAUCUUCAUUGGAUACAAACAGCAAAAUAAAUGAGGAUCAUUGUAUUUCCAGCAAUGAUUCCGAUUCUGGCACAGAAAUGGAAUUGCCUAGGGGCAACGCUGUUGAUGAAAAUGAUGUGAAUGGAUUCAAGUCCCAAUCAUGUAAUAAAGUCCGAAAGAAACAACAAAAGAAAAAUGAAAGCGCAGCCCAGAUCUCCUUCCCUGGCGAGGUCCUCCGAGCACUCAACCCAAAUAUUUACAGAAAUAUUGAGUACGAAGUUUGGCAGAAAUCGAAACAAGCACAGCAGAAAAGGGACUACUCCAUUGCUGCUGGGAUGCAGUAUGUUGUAGGGGAUAAAUGCAAGGUCUGUUUGGAUGAUGGUAAGUGCUACAAUGCACACAUUGAGAUGGUCAACCCUGACAAUGGACCGGUUGAUGUUUACAUCGAAGAACUAGGUGAAAUACAUAGCACACCUCUUCAGAACCUUAGGCCACUAACACAAGCUUCUCAAAGGGGAACCUGGAGCAGAGUUCAAGGAAAAAGAACUAAGAAGGCAUUGAAUGUCAAUUCUGAAGUUGACUUCAGGGGACUGAAGAAUUUGAGCAGUUCUGUAAGUAAGCCAAACCGCUUGCAGUCAAACUUACCGCCACGUCUACAUCAAGCAAAGGUAGCCAGACAGCAGAGCUCUACGCUGCACAGCUCAGGUCAACAACCCAAAGUGUCACCAGCAGAGUAUGUGGGGCGACUGGAGGACUUCCCGGAACUCUCCAAAAAGAAUAUUCGAAGUCUAGAAUCUGAUCAGAGGAAUGCAGAAUGUACCGGCACUAAUCCUUCAGUGAAGGCUGAACCAGGGAUGAAUGAAGCUAAAAUAUCAACUAAUAUUCACCUGCGAGUUGAGAAAUCUCUGCCUGCUUUUGAUAUCAUUCCGGAGAAGGCUCCUCACACCAAAGCGGAAAAGGUAGACCCCAAUCUUCAAUUGGAUCAGCAAACACCAUAUUCUUCUGCCUCAGCACCAGUAGCGACUCCAUCUGAAGUUCCAACAUGUUCGCCAAGUCAAUCAGCUGAAAAUUCAUCACAGACAGUCAUUCCAUCUACAACUUCAUCCGCAGUGACUCCCAGUCCAGCUGUAUCGCAGGCUCCAAUGAACUCAGUCCAGAUGAAGGCACUUAAUUCCCCUUUCCUUGGACCUAAUCUGUCACGGAUGCCGACAGCUCAGAUUCCAGGCACUUUUGAUGUAUUAUACCCUGGAUUUGCUGUGAAUGAAAGGGGCGAGUACCUCACUAAUGCACCUGUGUAUUCGUAUAACAAGAGUGGGGCAGACCUUCCGGAUGAUAAAAGCAUUCUACGCUUUUUCUACAACCUUGGUGUUAAGGCUUACAGUUUUCCAUGGUGGCCACCAUUUUCGUAUCUUUAUCCACUGAAUCAGGCUUAUUUGAAACAUUGUGGAAUGUACGCUGGGUGUCCUCCUCCGAUAUUCCAUGCAAGCCCUCAGUUCCAGGCGAUGGCUGGGCAGAUGCGGAAUGAGGAUGCUGGAGCCCCGUUGCCCAUGUCAAAUACUCAAGAAAAUCGGUCAGAUGUCAGUGAUGACACUGGCCAUUCAGUAUCUCCACAAGCAGCUGCCACACAUCUGCCUCAUGAAAGCAAAUCUGUCCCAGUCUCAUCAAACCUUUUACAAGCCCCACAAAAUUUUCAUCCUCUUUUCCCAUGCCAUUUUCCUAAUUUGAUAUUGGAUGGAACACAGCCUUCUGGAUGGGCUGCACCUCCACCCCAGAAUUUAAUUCCUCAGACUGCACACAUGCACCCUUUCAAUUUUCAUCCUAUGUACAUGAAUGUACAAGGACAUGCAUAUCCAUUACAAGUAAGUGGUGGGACCUCAGUAUGUCCAACUGAGCAGAAGGUUGGUGCACCACAUCAAUGUGCACAGAUUUCUGACAGCACUGAAAGUCUCAACUUGGAUGAAUUGGAAAAAGAGCCACUAGAAAUCAGCCAUGCAGGGAAGGGUAGGCUUUCUCAGGUUCAGUCUGAGUUUUUGAAAGAUCCUCAGCUACUUCCAGAAACUGUUGAUAAUAUCAGAGACUUGCAUCCCUCAAGUGAUAAGCAGCAGUCAGCUCCUCGUCCCCAUGAAGAAUAUGUAAAGCAACACCCAGUCCUUAAAAGAGAAAUACAGCUAGAGAAAGCAAGCAUAAUUUCUACUACUGGGCUUUCUAGUGUUGAUCCAAAGAAUAUCGAGUCACAGAAUCUUGCAAGUAAUUCGGAGAGUCUGCACACAGAGGCAAUAUCCAAAGGUGAUUUAGCUCCUCAAAGCAUUGAUAAAUCAAAAGUUGAUAGUGUAGAGCAGCAGUCUGUAGCAGUCACCUCCAGGAAUCGGAAUUCUAGGAAUAAUUAUAAGAUGCCUGGCACCUUGUGCUAUAAACCUGGGCAUUUUCACAAACGGACUUCAAGAGACACGAGUGACUACACAAAAGAUGAUAGUCCCUCAGAAAGGAAUGUACUUCGAUGUAAUCCACACAUCCAUACGCAGGAAGAAAGGGAAAUGAGUAGGAAAGAUAAACAAGGCAAGCCAUGGCCAUCAAGAGACACAAACUACUUGUAUGAUAACGACAUUGACAGGACCAGUGAAGUAGCCACAAAGGCAGAUCGAAAACCACCUACUAGAGACAGAAUUGUACAGAGAUCUGAAAUGAAUGUAGGUCUUGGUGGGCUUGAAAAUUUUCAGAUAAAAGUUGAAAACCAAAGGUACCAUAUGAGUGAGAAUAGACUUUGUGAAAGAACUUCAGCCAAUAGGAGGGAUGGUGAUGGAAGACAGUUUCAAAAUCCAACAGCUGUGGAAGACACCAGUGGUGUACCAUAUGAACGGAAGCGCAAUAGUUUUAGAAAACAGAGAUAUAAAGAGAGUGGGAAGUCUAAUAGUUACAUAAGAAAAUGAUAAUACUUUCUAUAAUUAUUAAUUUAAUACUGGCAUAACUAGAAAGAUUUUUGAAAGGAGUUAGAGUUUUCUUUUUGAACAGCAUUAGGUCCAGCACAGACAUUGUGGGCCAGAGAGCCUAUUCAUGUGCUUUACUGUGCUGGGAUCUAAAUGCCUUCAUUACAGGUUGAGACCAAUUUCCUGUUGUGCUGUGUGACUUCUGAAAUCAUUUGCCAUUUUAGUCCCACAUCCCAGCUUUUACUCUGCAAAUCAGUCUUGAGCUGAAUUGUUGUUUGAAAAGUAUAUGUAAUGUGCUUUCAUUACGUUCAGUUGUUACUCAUCUUAACCUUUAGUUUGAUUUUUUAAAAAACCCUUGUUCCUUUUGUCACAAUAUAAAUCGGUAUCCUCUUGUUACUGAUCAGUUUCCUGCAGAAAUUGCUUCCUUCCACCUCCACUAAAAAGCUUUGAAAUUUUGUAGAUUUCCUUUAUUGAAAACAAAUAUUCCACAAGGAUUUGUACUGAGGGACUUGAUGAUUAUAUAUAAAUAAAUUACCAGAUGGUUGGUGGUAAGUUUAUAAUACUGAAAGUUGAAGGCAUAUUACAGUUACAAAGCGUUAAAUUACAAAGAUCAUGUGGCAGAUGUAUUUCAACUCAAGAGAAAGGUAAUCUGUAUUGUCUGAGAAAUAGAUCGAUUUUGGGAAUGUUUAGCUUUUCUAACAAUAGGUCUGGAAUAUAAACAAUUUUAUCACAGUUGUAUGUUUUUGGCUAUAUAACGUCAGAGUUAUUUUGUGGAAUUCUAGGUGUUAGGUGUCAGGUCUCUAGCACAAGUUCACCAGUAAAUUAAGGGGUUCAAGGUUUUGGACUAAGAAAUUAGAUUAACUAUUGUAUUUGCUGGCAUAUACUUUAGAUAAUUUGAUAAUUAUAAAGUAUUGAUAGAUUGGAUGUUGGUCAAAGUGUUGAAAGUCAGACAGCAGAACAUCUAGGAUGUACAGAGUAAAGACUACAAGGAGUGAUCAGUGUGAAACUAUUUCCCACAAAAAAAGCAGUAGAUGCAAAUGCAGUUAGUACUUAAUGAUGAGCUGAGUUUCCCCUCAACAAAGGACAUUGUGUUUUCUACAAUUCAUGUUCCUUGUUUCCUAACCCUCUCUGCUCUCAAAGAAUAUUUCCAGUUCCUUCAAUAUCACUUCAUAGCUGCGAACACUCAAUAUGGGUAUUAUUCCUCUUAAACAAAUCUCCUGCGUUGUGCUGACAUCUUUCUUAGCACUGCUGUUGAGGCCUAAUCUAGUGAUACAAAAUGUUUAGCAUGCUUUGUUUCCGUGUUCCUGUUUACAGAACCAACAAUUUUAUUUUUUUGAAUGGUUUGAAAUCACUGAUAACCAAGAUGAGGCCCUUGUUGCAAGUGUCUAGAGAGGUACUUGCAGUGGCCACUGAGUGUGUUUGUGGUCUUCUGCUGCUGUCGCCCAUUCACUUCAAAACUUGAUGUGUUGUGUGUUCAGAGGUGCUGUUCUGCACACCACUGUUGUAACAUGUGUUUAUUUGAGUUAUGGGCACCUUCCUGUCAGUUUGAACCAGGCUAGCUGUUCUCCAACCUCUCCAUUAAUAAGGCAAUUUCGCCUGCAGAACUGCUACUUGCGUCUUUCGUUUUUCACACCAUUCUCUGUAAUUUCUAGAGACGUGUGUUAGAAUCCCAGGAAAUCAGCAGCUUCUGAGAUACUCAAACCACCCCAUCUGAAAUGAACAAUCAUUUAUUUCACAGUCAAACCGACUUGGAUGAAAUUUGUUUCCCAUUCUGAGGUUUGGUCUGAACAACCACUGAAUCCCUUGACCAAAUCUGCAUGCUUUUAUGCAUUGAGUAAUUGGCUGGUUAGAUAUUUGAAUUAAUGAGCAGGUGCAUGUGGUAAAAUUGACCACUAAGUGUAAAUGGUUGAAGUAGAAUUGAAAUUAGUCAACUUGGGGAGUAUUUCAUUGUUUAAAGCAUAUCAAAAAUGCUCAGUCAUGCUGAUAAUUCUUUUACCUCAUUCUCAUGAUAAUGAUUCUACCUUACUUUAAGAUUUAUUUUGUUUUCUGCAGCUGCCAAGAAUAUGAAUGAACUUUUUUUAGACUAGAAAUAUUUCCUUUAAUGUUAAAGGGCAGUGUUAUUUUGUUUAGAUUGCAAAAUGCAGUAAUUCCUAGUAAUAUAGAGGCACAAGGAAGGGAGGAAUUCAUAUUCAAGAUAACAAAUUGAAUAGAUGUUACCUAAUUGCCUCUUUCAAAGUUUUAAGUAUAACACAAUUUUUCAGAUAGUCUCUUUAUACUACAUGAUUGUAGUUUUAGCAGAAUUUUGUUGACACCUGUUCACUGUAACUGCAACAGUGAUUGCUUUGGUACAGUUUUACCAUUUGGUUUUUUAGCAUUUCACUCCUACAUUCCUUUACAAAAAUGUGAAUCUUUGGAAAUGCUGGGGAGAUAUUAUUUUCCUUCUUGGUGGAGGUUCAAAGGACACCUGCAACACCACUUACUGUCUUUGAGUACUGCCUUGUGCCUUUUCAUUAGGAUGCCAAUAUCUACCUCAGAACUGCUUGAUGUUGCUUAUGAUUAUCAUUACUCACAAACACUAUGGUAUUCCAUUCGUAUCUGAAUAUGACCUCCCAGGCUGAAAAAUUUAAGUACAUUUUUAUAUACAAAAUGUAAAUUACUAGUGGUAGCUGUAGUCCAAUUAGAAAGACAAAAAUGACAUUAAAUGUGUAUUAAAUUUUUAAGAAAAUAGGCAUAUGUUCCUUUUAAAUGUGGCAUGUCUUAGUCUCUGUAUCAAGAUUGUAAGCAUUUAGGUAGUAAGUCAUUUGUUGUGAAAUGUCCUCUGGCAUUUUUAAAACCAUAGAUUUAAAAUUUCAAAGUAUCUAUGUAUUUUUAUUAUUGGCCUUCAAAUGUCCCACCACUGAUGAACUGACCAUUGGUUCAGCCAGCCUCAUGGUUUGGCCCAACAUAUCCUUGCUAUCCAGCCCCAUGAUCUCAAAAUUAUAACCAAAAUGUUAGCAGCACAAUAAAAUCAUCUGAACAAUUGCAUCUGGAUUUUUGGAGAAGACUUCUCAGCUGUGGCAGACCCUUGUGCUGCUUCAUCCUAUACAGUUACGCCCAAUUUGUAUGUAUUCGAUUUUCAUGUUUUAAUUAACUGUACCCUAAGAGCCUGACUAAAAAUUUCCUUUUGUAUUUUUAAUUAGUCUAUAACUGUAGAAGGACACUACAGUAAACAUUCUAUUUUAAUAAAAGAUGACAAUAUUAACUUUGCAGGGAUUAUAUUGCACUUGUGCUACUUAAAUGUGGUUAUGAAAAUAUUUGUAAUGCAUUGAUGAGAAACUUACUUAUGGACACAACAGCAUAGACUUGUGGACAGACAAUAUUAAUGAUUUAUUUCAAUUUGAUGAACAUUUGUAAACAAAAAUGCUGACAAACUUGUAAUAGAUGUAAAUUGAUCCAUGUGUUUGUUGGAUUGUUUUUCAUUUUGAAAUGUGGUGUUAGCUGCAUUCUGCUAAAACAUAUUGCAGGUUUUACCAUGCAAACAGGAAUGUAAUAUAAUCCAGACUGGACUUUUUAGUUUGCAAAUUUCAUUGAGCCAUAUUUUUGAUGGGCAUUUCCUAUUGAUUAUGGAAAUCUGCCUCAUUUUGUAUUCCAAGAUGGUUGAAUUUGUAAAGAGUGUCUUGCAUUAAUAAAAUAACUGUCUUGCAUUGCAAUACUUCUCUUAAUUUU